AUGAUUAUCGUUCUACCAUUUCUUGCUGCUUUGCUUUCUCUGAGAUUCAUAACGGCUGAAGAAAACUGCGUUAUUGGAUACCGCUGUAUUGAUGGUUCCAUGAUCGAUGUUGGGUGUCAUCCACUAAUAGGUUAUUCAUCUGUGAGUCAAAACGGGUAUUCAACAUGUAUUCCAGAUCGGAGAGGCAAGAAUGUGUUUGGUAAUGAUGAUCGAGUUCAAGUCACUUCAACAGAUUAUCCAUGGAGUGCAAUUGGAUAUUUAAAUACCGGAUGUACUGGAACAUUGGUAGGACGAGAUCUAGUAUUAACCGCUGCACAUUGUGUGAUCAAUCCAAACACCCAGCAGCUCAACAACAUAAAUACUUUCUAUCCGAACAGAAUCAAUGGAAAUGCAGCUGACUCCUCUGCAAUCACUUAUGUAUGGUGGGGUACAACGAAUCCAGAUACUUAUCGUGAAAGUGAUUGGGCCAUAUUACGUUUGUCCAAACCGCUUGGUGAUCGUUACGGUUAUUUAGGAUUCAAGACACUGGACGACAGUUCAAUGUUAGCUUCAGACGGAACAUUGGUUGGCUAUUCGACAAAUUUUCAAAAUGCUCAGACAGCAGGAGCACAUAUCGGAUGCCGUUUAACGAAAAAACAGAGUGCUAAUUUCUAUUUACACAACUGCGAUAUGGGUCGUGGAGCCAGUGGUGGUUCGAUUUUUGCGUGGUCGGAUAACACACCGUAUAUCUAUGCAUUGAAUGUCGCCGAGUAUAGAAACGAUGGUUCUGUCAGUUUGUGCACUCUAAAUAAAAAUCGUUUUCUUGGAAACCCAGGAAAAUAG